CAGAAUCAAAGAAGGCUUGAAGUUGCAGCUCGGAGUUCGUGCGCCCCAAUGUGUAAAAUGUGCCCUUCUUGCAAGCCACCGGUAUCUGUCUGCCUCUAAAGGCCAUGUUGUGAGGGUCAGGAGCAGCUCGACUCGCAAGGUGGAAGCCAAAGAACUCUCAGGAUCAGUUGCAAAUUCAGGGAGCUCCCAUGAGCUUACUUAUGUUGUUCCAGGCCUCCGCUGCAUAAUGCCGCUUAUCUGCUCGGUUGAAGUUGUUGAGUCACAUUUUGAUAGCUGGAAGUGUUGAGCGACUAGAAACGAGUUUUGAGAUAGUGGGGUUCAGGAACACGUAUUUGCUAGAAAUUAGGACACUCCCAUCAUGGAGUUCUUUUUCUACCUUAUCUUUGGCAUUUUGGCCAUCAUAUGCGCGGCGUCAGAGCUGUCCAAGGGGCAGAAGGACAAGUACACGACCAUCCCAGCCUUUGAGGCUUUCAAGAAUAACUACCUCCUCGUGUACAGCCUCAUGAUGGCUGGUGACUGGCUCCAGGGCCCUUAUGUAUACGCACUGUACCAGCACUAUGGCUAUGACCAGGGGGACAUUGGGCGCCUCUUCAUUGCGGGAUUCGGCUCAUCCAUGGUCUUUGGGACAAUUGUGGGGUCCCUCGCAGACAAGCACGGCCGCAAACGUGCCAGCAUCCUCUACUGCAUCACAUACAUUCUCAGCUGCUGGACCAAGCAUUCAUCCAGCUUUGCCAUUCUGAUGGUUGGCCGCAUCCUGGGGGGAAUCGCAACCAGCCUGCUGUUCUCGGCGUUUGAGUCGUGGCUCGUCGCUGAGCACUUCAAGCACAACUUCGAGCCCCAGUGGCUCUCGCUCACCUUCUCCAAGGCCAUCUUCCUCGGGAACGGCCUCGUCGCCAUCGUUGCCGGGCUCAUCGCCAACUUCCUCGUGGUGGACCUCGACAUCGGCCCCGUCGCGCCGUUUGACACCGCGGCUGUCUUCCUAGCCAUUGGAUGCGCCAUCAUCAUAAAGACGUGGGGAGAGAACUACGGAGACACGAACGAGGAGAAGACACUGCAGCAGCAGUUCCAGCAGGCGUGGAACUCUAUUCUAGCAGACGAGAAGAUUGCGCUCCUGGGCGCCAUCCAGUCGCUCUUCGAGGGCUCCAUGUAUACUUUCGUCUUCCUCUGGACUCCCGCGCUGAGCCCCAACGAGCAGACCAUUCCGCACGGCUUUAUUUUCGCGACCUUCAUGCUCGCGUCCAUGAUCGGGAGCAGCAUCGCGUCGCGCCUGAUGGCGCGCUCGAGCCGCGUCGAGACCUACAUGCAGUACGUGUUCCUGGUAUCAAGCGCCGCGCUGCUGGUCCCGGUCUACAACCAGCUCGUGUUUGAACCCGAGGUCGAAAAGGGCGGCCCCAUGACGUCAGGCGGACGUCUGCAGCUGCUGGGCUUCCUAGUGUUCGAGGCGUGCGUGGGCAUCUUCUGGCCCAGCAUCAUGAAGAUGCGGUCGCAGUACAUCCCGGAGGAGAGCCGCUCCACCAUCAUGAACUUCUUCCGCAUCCCGCUCAACAUCUUCGUCUGCAUCGUGCUCUACAACGUGAGCGCCUUCUCCCUCACUGCCAUGUUCACCAUGUGUUCGACUUUCUUGGGCGUGUGCGCGUUGCUUCAGUACAGGCUCCAACAGGUGUCCGACCGACACCGCAGACUCCCGCUAAAGGAAACGGACAAUGAUGGUGAUGGCAUUGAGGUCGGCACUGUUGUUGACAGCCACUGAUCGUCCAGAGCACCAAGCAAGUUGCAAAAUUUCCGCCUAUCAAAUCUGGGCCCUUUGUCGUCGUUCCAUUGUGGAUUAUGCUUUUUCAAGUCAAGGGCACGAAGGCCCUGUCACCGCCUCUUUGAAUGGUGCCAAUGUGGCCUUGAUAGACGAGCUCAACAAGCCGUAUGAUGUGAGGCCGAGUCGCGUACCCUGAAAAGUCGCGUCCGAUCAUGUGCUUGCAAAGGCACAUCUUCAUUCAAUUAGCGGAGCUACGCUGGGUCCUUGAUCCGGUCAAAAGGCGACCGACUAUUGGCACACUGUAUCAUCGACAUUCCAAGCUAAGUGUGUCCUCCAAAAUAGAGGAGGGCCAUGCAAUUGAACGAGCCCAAAUCUUGCAGUAUUCCGACGUAGCUGUGCGGAACUGAAAUC